AUGGAUAGAAAAUCUGCUAGAAUAAAAGCAGAGUUAGAAAGAUAUGGUUGGAAAGUUUCGAAGAAUUUUAAAUAUAGGAAGGGAAGACCCAUAAAAGUCUAUGACAAACUGGCUGGUCUUCGCUAUGAAAUGGACUUAGAAACAGCACGCGCAAACUAUCCAAACAGAUUAGAGAGGUUAGAAGAAGAACGUCUUAUGGACAUGCCUUUCGAUGUUACUGAGCCUCAAGUUGAAGGACACGACGGCUUUGCCAGAUUCUACUGGAAACAUGACGAACAAUUGUAUCCUUUGAGAAGGAAAAAAGGAAAAGGUGAAGACAAACAUGCUCCCAUGGAAAGAACAAGAUAUGCAUAUGAAAAGUACCGUGAAGUUAGAAGUCAAAUUACAUCUGGUCGAACCUUUACAGUAAACUUUGACGAAGGAAAGAACAAAGAAGGCUUCAUGGGUGUACUUGCUGCAAUUCAAGACGGAAAUAAGAAAGGAUACAAUCUCAGACUAACCGUAACAGAUUUGGACGGUCAUAUAUACUAUGCACAUGGCAAUGUCACAACAGCCGCACAACUUCUUGACGCUUUCAAGACUACAAAGAGAGAACAAAUGGUUGACUCCGACUCAGACAUUUUGAACGCAAUUGAAGGAAUUGCAAGUGUCAAGUUCGAAUGGUACCAACCUAACCCUCAAGCAGUCAGACAACAUGCUGGAUACUUCCCGUUCAUAAAUAAGUCUGACAUUGACUUGACAAGGUAUGGAAUUUACAAUUCAAUUGAAACAAUUGUCAACGAACCUUGCAUUCUUACAUGUCUCAGGAACUCUGGUCUUGUUACAGAAGAGAAGAUGAAGUAUCUUGAGUCAU